GGGCGGUGCGGGGCGCGAUCGGCGUUCUCUUCCCUCUUCCUUCAGCCUGCUGGUUUUCCACCAUCGACCCCACACACCCCCACCUUUAAGUCUAUCUGAAGCCCGGGCUUUAAGCAACGUGCCGCAUCAUCGGUCCGGAGUCUUUAAAGAUGUUCGCUAAAGCCACCAGAAAAUUCGUCAGAGAGAUCGACCCAGAUGGCUGUCUGAUACCCGUGUCCCGACUCAAUGACUCGGACAAGCUGCUCCUUCUUUCAAUAGUUGUGAAGUCGAAGCCCAUUUGGUUCUGGAAGCCACCAAAAUACAAACCAUCGGACUUCACCCUGAGUGACGUGCUGCUGGGAGACAAGGAAAUUAAGCCGGAUGCACAGGAAACUGAAUUCCUGAAGUAUGAGGGGAUGUAUGGAGAUAUCAAGAUGGGAAAGUUGGACACGGAAGUGAGUCCUGUGAACUUAAAUUUGGAAGGAGAGACAUCCUCCAUGCUGCAGUCCUCCUUUGGCACCCUGAAGAAACAAGAGGUGGAUGUUCAGAAACUUCUGGAGGAGUCCAGGGACAGCUUUAUGAAUUUGGAGCACUGCUUGAUUAAGCAGAUGAGGGAACAGCAAAAGGAAGCGUUCGGAGUGCUGAAGGAGAGGAUUUUCACCACUGAGCAGUGCACCAUCUAUGAGCAGGUGCAAGAGCAGGGAGACUGCGCUACAGCCCUGGGAUUCCGGAAGCACAAGAUACAGGUUUCGGUGAAGAAUGAAGGAACCCGAUUCAUGGACAGCAAAGUGUCCCUGGAGAUCCCUCCUCAGACCGUCCUCGCCUACAGCAUCAUUGAGCUUGAAGUGAAAGCCCAUGGGAAGUUUGACCUCUGCCUGCUGCCUCAAGUCCAGGGUGGGUUUGAAGUGGAUUCUAGUGGAGGAGCCCGUGUCGUGGCUGAGGGACCGACUGCGAAGGAAUUAAAGGACCCACAGAGUCUCGAGGGGGAGACGCUUCAGGUUCUACUGAAAGAUCUGAAGGGGCUGAAUGUCCAUUUUCAGCAGCUGGCCGCGAUUCCAGCACGUACCAGACGCAGACUGUUCGACUUCCUGAAGGAGAUGGUGCUGGACAGAGCAGCAGUCAACUGGCUGGGGGACAUGUUGGAUCGGCAUCACCGAGGCGAGGCGAUUGGCUGGGGGCAGCUGGAGGAGGGGUUUCCGCUGAACCGGAUGGCCCAAUCAGUUCUAGACCUCUUGAAGGGUGAGGGGGAGACUGCUGGGGAAGAGCCUGGCUCCUCCCCCCUGCUAGCGGUGCACAUGCUGGUGAGCGGUAUGGAAGAAAUGACUGAUGCUGCUUUGGCAGCUCUGGGAGACUGUUGCACUCCAUCUGUCCUACAGGUUUUGCAGCAUUUGGUACAAAGUUUCGAAGAAGGCGAGGAAGAGCAUGUGAAGGAUGAAGGCCUCUCCACCCUGCUGGGAGAUGGUGCCUUCCAGAGCGCGGCCCGGCUCUGUCGCCAUUGCGGAGUGAACCUGCGCAGAGAGGGGGGGGCUGUACGAGGGGACGUGGGCCAAAACCCCGGGUUCGGCCCCCUCGUUCUGUGCAUCGUGGUCCGGGGGCUCGCCUGCCUGUCCGCACCGUGAAUGUCCGUAGCGAGGGGAGGCUAGUCGAGCUUUUGGGGAACCUUUGCCCCAUUAUUGGAAUUCCUAUAUGCUCAGUCUGUACCGGGUCAGGGUUUGGAGUGAAGCAGGCAUUUACCAACCAAGCUCAGCUGAGCCACAAGCAGGAAAAUUCAGAAUUAGUGCAAAUAAUAAGCUAGAAGCUAGGGGGCAGCACCGUCUUCCAUUUCGGAUUAUUAACAAACAUAUAUAUAUAUAUAUAUUAUAAAUCCAGUAUCGAUUAUUAGUUACAACCACCAUUUGCCAUCAAAAACGUCUCAAACCUUCGUUGCCUCCCUCCAUUUUCUCUUUAAAACAGUAAUACACAUCCAUUUCUGUUAAAGGAAUUUUGCUAGUUUACUGAUCCCUGGAGAAAUUCUGUCUUCAAAUUUUUUAAAUAUUUUUUUUUAAAAACUAGCGAUGGACUAAAUCUGAUCAAAAAGACAAAGAGGCGACUGAUGAACAAAAACAGGCGACUCUGAAAGGAGCAGUGGCAGAAAUGUUUGAGUGACGGAUCCAGGACAGCUUGUCUUCCCCCCCCCCCCCGUUAGCAGCUUCAAUCCAUUUUAGGGGGAAACUGUAUUAAAGAAAUAAAAAUACAUUUAAAAAAAAAAAAUCAGAAACAAAACAACUAUUGUCAGCAGCCU